AUGGCAACUGCCGACGCGGGAUUAGGUUCGGGACUGCGUCCAGGUUUGGGAGGAACGGGAUUGGAGCUAGCAGUAGGUUCGGAGGGGCAGGGAUGGCGGCGAUCGGUGGCAGUGAUGGAGGCGGUGCGGCAACUGGAAGCCAUGAUGCGCGAGCCGGCGGCCGUUCUUGAUAGCAUGAAGGACAAGCUAUCUCUAGAGGAUCUCGAGAUUCUCAUCGCCUACUUCGCCCAACAGGGUCGCGACAUGUGGCAGGCGCUCGAGGUGUACGAUUGGAUGGUCCGCGGGAACCGCGUGGAGCGCCGAACGCGGCGCCUUAUCCACGUCAUCAUGGACCAGCGCCUCGGGCAGCUGCUACAGGAAGGCUGCCCGACGGAAAAAGUUUUGCGGCUGGUGGGCAGAAUGGUGGAUCUCGGGCUGCCCCCGGAUUUCCCGCUGAAAAGAAUGGUAGGGGAGGAGUUGUGGGAUAGAGGGGCGGUGGCGGAAGUCGUGAAGCUUCUGAGAAUGUUCCGGAACGAGGAGGAAAGCGCGCGGAAGGAGCAGGGGGUGGUGGCUGGAGUGAGAGUUAUGGCUUGGAAUGAGGAGGAGGAUGAGGAGGAAGAGGAUGAAGAAUGGGAGGAAAGUGAGGAGGGGAGUGUGUGGACUGGGUUAAGUGAGAGUGAGGAUGAGGUGGAGAUUGGUAGUGGUGGGCAGAAAGAUGGCGAGGCACGGCCAUCUGAUUGCGCAACUCAAGGUGUGGAAAGGAGUGGGGUGCGGUCUGAACAACAACAGAGCAGCAGAGCUGCAGGUACUGAGGACAGCAGCAGAGGCGCUAGCACAGGAGGGGCGAAUGAGGCGAAAAGAGGGCAGGGGCAGGAAGGGAAGCAGGCAGGCAGAGAGUCAAAGUCAAGAGAGGCAGAAGCAGAGAGGGAGGGGGAUGAAGCAGCUGUGAUGCGAGCAGCAGAGGCAGCAGCAGAGAUGGCAGCAGCGGCAGUGGGGGAAGAAGAAGCGGCGAUGAGAGCAGCAGAGGAGAGGGAGGAUCUAGUGGGGCUGCUGCUGCUGCGAGCUGUUAGCGCUGGGCAGUACCGGCAGGUGCUGCCGCUGCCGCGCAUGCUGAGAGAAGCCGGGGUGGAGGUGGGCGUGGCGGGGUUCGGUGCGGUGCUGACCGGUGCGGUGAAGGAGCAGGAGAAGCUGAGUGUGGCGCGGAGGGAGUUGAGGGAUCUGCAGCAGAUGGGCGUGGUGGGGCAGCUGUCGCCUCUGGAAGGGCUUCUACUGGAGGUGAGCAUAGAUAGGCAGGCGGUCAGGGCAGGCGGAGUGAAAAUCCCUUCCUCUCAAUCCCUUCCUCUCAAUCCCUUCCUCUCAAUCCCUUCCUCUCAAUCCCUUCCUCUCAAUCCCUUCCUCUCAAUCCCUUCCUCUCAAUCCCUUCCUCUCAAUCCCUUCCUCUCAAUCCCUUCCUCUCAAUCCCUUCCUCUCAAUCCCUUCCUCUCAGUCCCCUUCUUUCAAUGUCCUCCUCCUCUCGAUGCCCCCCUCUCAAUUUUCCCCUCUCUGUCACUUGCACAUGGGCAACGCUGCAGCACGAGGCAGGUUCACGGGGCAACACUGAGGCACGAGGUAGAGCAAGUGGUGCAGUGGUGUGCAGAGGAGUGCGGGGGCGACCUGCAAAGACUGAGGGAGGCUGUCUGCGAGAGAGAGAGGCAGCGGGAGGAGCGGCUAGCAGUGCUUGGACAGGCGGGCAAAGGGGGAAACGAGGUGAACGGGCGAGAGGCACAGCCGUACCAGCAAGUAGCAGAGGAGGUGGAUGGAAGGGUAUUUUUGUGGCGAGAUGCUCAGAUUGCUGGGCUGUCACCAGGGCUGUUGAGUGGGGGAGGCAUGAGGGAAGAAGAGGAGGGAUACAGAAUAGGCUCGCAAGAGCGUGAUGAGUCUUCGUUGCUGCUGGACCUGCAACGAAACAGAAAAGGAGAGGUGCAGUGGGAGGGUAUAUCGGAAGUGCAACGAGGGACGCAGAGGGUACAACAGUCAGAAAGGGAGAGGGAGAGGGAGAGGGAGAGGAGCAGGGAAAUUCAGAGGCUAGAGCGGGAGAGGGAAAGAGACCUGUGGGUGCUGCAAGCGGGGGAGGUGGCAGCAGCGCGGGCGCAGGCGGGCAUGCAGGGGAAGCUGGUGACGCUGUGGUUCAACGCGGGCCACCCCGAGCAGGCAGAGCGCGCACUGUGGGGCGUGGUGCAGCAGGGGGCGCCUGUACCUGGGGAUUUGGCCGCCAGUGUUGCAGGGCUGUACGCAUACUGGGGCGACCACACGGGGCUAAACAGGAGAAAUGGGUCGCUGUGGGGCGUGGUGCAGCAGGGGGGAAGCGUAUCUGGCGACCUGGCGGCUAGUGUGGCGGGGAUGUAUGUAUGCUCACUGGGGAGACCAACUCUCUCUUCACAGGUAAGGGUGGGGACGUGCGAACAGGGGCAUCCUGAGCAGGCGGAGCGGCCGCUGUGGGGCGUGGUGGAGGUAAGGAGGGUGAGGGGAGAAAUGGGCGCUGUGGGGCGUGGUGGAGGUAAGGAGGGUGAGGGGAGAAAUGGGCGCUGUGGGGCGUGGUGCAGCAGGGGGCGCCCGUGCCUGGCGACCUGGUGCAUCAUACAACGGCUGGAAGCACUGGGGAGUCCCCUGGACGAGUGGGCGUAUGCACUCGUGGUGGGGGCCGCCAUGCGUUCUCUGCUCUCCAACCGCUCUCUCAUCAUGCCCUCUCUCUCCUCUCUCUCUCUCUCUCUCUCCUCUCUCUCUCUCUCUCUCUCUCUCUCUCUCUCUCUCUCUCUCUCUCUCUCUCUCUCUCUCUCUCUCUCUCUCUCUCUCUCUCUCUCUCUCUCUUCCCCCCACAGUUUCAUACAGCGGCUGGAGGCACGGGGGAGUCCCCUGGACGAGUGGGCGUAUGCACUCAUGGUGGGGGGAGCACUCAAAGGCGGGCAUGUAAACGUGGCUGCAUUCGCUGUGAGGGAGAUGGUGCGGAGGGGCAUGCAGCCCAACGCACAGCAACUCGCUAUAGUGUUGCGGCGGUUACAGAGGGGGGAUGCGGGAGUGGAGGCGUAUCUGGGGCUGUGCGCGGCCCUGGCGGACGUGGGGCUGCUGGAGCCCACCCUCGUCUUCCUCUAUGUUGAUUUGCUGCGCCUCUGCAUCCUGCGCAUGCUGUAG